AUGUAUCGACUGGUCAUACUAACUUUCGUAUCGAGUGCCCUUGCGUAUUUAGAUGGUGAUAUAGAUUUGACAGAUGGAAUAAAAUUAGUUGGAGUGCCUGUAUCUAAUAGUAUAGAGGACGAAGGGCGGUCUUUGGGCGCUUCGCCGUUUUACAAAAUUGCGAGAUUUCUUCAAGGGCAUGAGUUGCAUGUAAAAUUGCCAAGUUUGAUUGAGAAGGAGAAAUUGAGUCAAGUUUUCGCCGAGUCGCUUAAAGCUGUCGAUGAAACAUAUAAAGAAAAGGCUGCUACAGGUCGUGGUAAGGGCGAUGGUGGUACCGGGUCCUUGGCUCUGUUGGGGCUGAUGUUUGCGAAGACCAUUGGAGCAGCUGGUAUUGGUGGAUUGGGCUUACUCACAAUGAAGGCUCUGGCAGUUUCGGCGUUAGCCCUAAUGCUGUCAGCUAUAGUUGGUAUCAAGAAGCUGACGUCACACGACGACCACGAUGACCAUCAAGUCAUCUACGCCGGCCACGGUCACCACAGACGAAAGAGAGAUCUACACACGCCGCUACCUUAUCAAGGAUGGACUGAAUAUCGACUGUAG